GCCCGCUCACUAUACACAGCCCGGCCUGGCUUCAGCCAGCAUCUCUCCGGGCUCCAGAUCCUGUGCUAUGACCUUUAAGCUGCAAUGCUCAGAAGAUGAUCCAAAGUGAUAAUCAAAACCAGAUUGCUUCCACUGAAAUAGUUAAAGAGCUGUGUACCUGUAAUGGACUGUCUUACGACAGAAUUGACCUAGAGGGAUCUUCGGUGAGGAGCCUGGAGAUGUUUUUCUCCGGCUACCCCAGAAUAGUAGGCCUGUCACAUUUCCCCAAUUUAACGAGGCUGGUUCUCGUCAGACAGGCCAUCCAAGAGAUUUCUGAUCUCCAGUACUGUAUGGUACUUAAAGAGCUAUGGGUGGCCGAAUGCUGCUUGACAAAGAUCGAUGGUUUGCAAAGAUGUGCUUUGUUGCAAAAGCUUUACCUCUACUGCAACAUGAUUUCAACUAUUGAGAAUCUGGAGAAGCUAACAAAGCUGGAAGUUGUUUGGCUUAAUGGGAACCAGAUUAGAGAAAUAGAGGGGCUGAGUACGCUGCAGAAGUUGAAGGAUGUCAAUCUCGCAGGGAAUUUAAUUGGCAAGAUUGGAUAUCGCUUGGAUCCCAGUGCAAAUAUAGAAAAAUUGAACCUGUCCGGCAACCGAAUAUCAUCCUUUAAGGAAAUAACCAAUUUGGCCAGGCUGCCUCGUUUAGUCGAUCUCUGCCUGAACGACCCCCAGUACAACCCCAAUCCGGUUUGCCUUCUUUGCAAUUAUGCGACGCACGUCCUGUAUCACAUCCCUCAGCUUCAGAGGCUCGACACGUACGAUGUAUCGUCCAAACAAAUCAAGGAGCUGGCAGAGACCAUGGUGAUGAAAAAGGUCAUGUUCUACAACAUGCGCAUCAAGAGCGCCCAGCGGCAGCUUAAUGAGGAGCUCGAGAAGCUAAAGGAGAGGAAGCACAAGCUGCAGAAGUUGCCGGAAGACCGCAUAAAGCAUUUCAGCUACAACAUCAAGAAUCUGGAACGUGAACUGGUGGACCUGCAGGCCUCUGGCAAGAUACAGGCGAGCAAAGCUAUUUCGAGCCAAAACUUAAGCUGCGAAAAAUCCGACGAGGAAGCUGAGAGUCCGGAUGAGACCCCAGAGGAAUCGAGCCUUGAGCAGUGGUUUAUGCAUAAACUGGAGGCCCUCAAAAGAAGAGUGAAUUUCUGGAGCAAAAAGCUAGAGGAAGUUGAAGCAGUUUAUCAGGGAGAAGUCAAGAAAAAGAAGAAAGCCAGUAGUUUGGCUGUGCAGUUUUUGCUGACUGAACUGGAAACAGUGGGAAACAUCCGUUUUGAAGAGGGCUCCCCCAGUGAUGCCUGGUUUAAUUCCUGCUAUGAAUUGAUUCUAUCCCGAUUUUGCGCCUUGGACUUCAAAACCCAUGGCAUCACAGGAGUGAAAGUGAAUCGCGUCAUCAGGGUGCACAACCGGAUUCUGAGGCUGAAAUUUGAAGAGAAGUUUCAACACUUUUUGGACAAAGAAGAUUUAAAUGAGUUUUUAAACUACAGGAAGAUGCUGGAAUAUCUCUUCUAUGUAUCUCCCCCAGACGUACCCUUGAAGAAACAGCAGUUGGUCCAAAUCCUAGAGGACGGCUUCCAGGAAGUAAAAAAGCCUGGAAGCGAAGGAGGCGUUCAGCUCUCCAACAGUCUCAGUAUCUGCGAAUGUCCAAGAAUUGAAUAUUUGCAAAAGCAAGCCAGAAGCAAGGGGGACUCCGAUGAUACAUUCAGGCGUGGGAAACUCAUCAUUGCAAAAGUCUUCCUUGGGCAGAGCACCCCGGCUCAUGACGGAGAGCCAAUCGUCCGGGCCAGGUAUCCCAACGCCAAUUCCGUCUACAGGUCUGGCAAGACCUCCCAGAACACCCCCAGUACUACAGCCAGCAGUGGGGUUGCAGACCAGCAAGAGAAAUCCAAGUCUUCAGAAGUCUGCUCUUCCCUGGACUCCAAGAACUGCGACUGCAACCUGCGACAGUGCGAGUGGUUUGUGUUCGAUCACGAGCUGGUUCUGCCGGAGUACAUCGUAGAGUUUGAGUACAUCACGUUGGUCAAAGUGGAGCCUCUGUUCUCGUCGCUCAGCAACGUGACCGGGGAGGAAGGAAGGAGAAACUCGGCGGGAUUCGUGCUUUCCCGGGAUCUCCAACGGGACGACGAAGUUCUAAGCAUGAAGCCUAUCAUUAAGCCCAAGCCCAAAAUAGUUUGCUUGGAUGAAAAGACGGUGCUGGCCGUAGCCAAGGCGAACAUCUACAGUCAGAUCAUGAUUCUGAAUCUGCAUGGAAACAGGCUGAGCAAACUCCGAGACAUCUCCAAGCUCACCGGGCUUCGCAAACUCAUUAUUAGUUUUAACGAAUUCACCUGUUUAGAUGACGUUUACCACUUGCCGAACCUGGAAUAUUUUGACGCCAGCCAUAACCACGUCAUCACCCUGGAGGGCAUCAGAGGCCUGAACAAACUGAAGUAUUUGGACUUGAGCUGGAACCAGCUGAAGAAGGCCGGGGAGGAAAUUGGCGUCUUACGGAAACAUACCCCCAUGGUGCUCAGUCUCGAUAUCCGCCAUAACCCAUGGCAUAAGCCAGCCUCCGUACGCUUGAGUGUGAUUGGCCAGCUGAGGGCUCUGACCCACCUUGACGGACUUCUGAUCACUGAGGACGAGGCAGCAGCUGCCAUCCAGUUCAUGGCAGACUCGAAAAUCACGCAGGUGUCUCUGGUGGAGAAUUCUCGGACGGACCAAGACAGACUUCGCAUACUGAGCAUCCUUCCUCAGGCUGUGAUCCUGACCCAGAUUAGCCAGAACAAAGUGGACGUGUUUCAGAACAACUGGCCUUCUCGGAUUACGGUAUUAAACCUUGACGGGCAACAUCUCAGCAGAAUCAGUGGCUUGGAGAAACUGGAGAAUUUGCGGUGGGCAUCCUUUAGCAACAACAAUCUCACUAAAAUAGAAGGACUGGAUACUUGCCAAAAUCUGGAGGAGCUCACAGUAGACGGAAACUGCAUCACAACCCUCGAGGGCAUUUCGAAGCUCUGCAAGCUCACAAGACUGAGUGCCAACAACAAUCACCUCACCAGCCUGGAGAGGAAUAUUUUUGAUAACUUGUCUCACCUCCAUUAUCUCUCUCUGGAGAACAACCGGAUCACUUCCUUGGCGGGCUUGCAAAAAGCCUAUGCGCUCAUUGAGCUCUACAUAAGCAACAACUACGUUUCCUCCAACCAAGAAAUAUAUCAGCUGAAGGGUCUAAACAAUCUGGUCAUCCUGGACAUGUAUGGAAACCUGAUCGUUUGGAAGCAGGAUAACUACCGCCUCUUUGUAAUUUUCCAUAUCGCAUCUCUGAAAGCCUUGGAUGGCACUGCAGUGGAAGCAGCUGAAACUGAAAACGCUAAAGAUUUAUUUGGGGGCAAACUUAAUGCGGAUAUGGUUGCGGAAAGACUGGGCCAUUCUAACUUCAGCAAAAUGCAAGAAUUAAAUUGGACGGCUUCUAUGAUCAGAAUGGUGGAUCUUGCGCCAGCAGACCAAUUUAAGAACAUCACCAGCGUGAAUUUGCAGAACAACAACCUCACCUCCUUCAGUGGUCUGAUCUAUCUCCCUAACAUCAAGGUCCUCUGCCUCAACUACAAUCACAUCGAGUCGAUCGUUCCCAGGCAGAAGGUUUCAAAUCACUUAACCAACAGGCAGCUGCUGUACCAGAAAGUGACAUCCAGCGGCUACGGACAGUCUUCCAAAGGCAAUAAGGACACGGGAGGCAAUGAAAGCUUGGCUCCGAUAAUGGAGAGCUUAGAAGUCCUCCAUCUGGGCUACAAUGGGAUUGCCAGUUUGGCCUCGCUGCAGAUUAGCAGGCUAAAAAACCUGAAGUUCCUGUUCUUACAGGGCAACGAGAUCAGCCAGAUCGAGGGGCUUGAUGGCCUGCAGCUUCUACAGGAAUUGGUGCUGGAUCAUAACCGACUCAAAGCAAUCCAUGAGAAUUCGUUUGCUAAGCAGAGCUGCCUGGUGGCGCUUCACCUGGAGGAGAACCGCCUGAGAGAACUGAACAAUUUGCAUUGCUUGGUGAAGCUGCAGAAGCUUUUCCUUGGCCUCAAUAGAAUUCAGGAGUUGUCAGAACUUGAAAAGCUUGAUUGUCUUCCAUGCAUUAAAGAGCUCUCGAUAUACGGAAAUCCGGUGUCCCGCAAGAUUUGCCACCGCCCGCUCCUUGUAUUCCACUUACCUAACCUUCAGGUGCUGGAUGGAGUAACAGUCACUCCGGAAGAGAGGGCAAGGGCUGAAGUCCAUUUGCUAGAACAGCAAGUCUUUCCUCUUGCCAACUCUCCAAUAGACUGUGGAUUCCCCGUACUGCAGACUACUUUCCCCAAACCUUGUCCCCUGAAGAUAGCCAACGUCAACCUGAACGCGGGUAUCAGCUAUUUAUAUGGGGGCGACUUUAUUGUCCCUCAUUCUGUGGAUGAGCUGGUUGGGAGUGAGUCCGUCAAAGUUCCGCUUUCAGGUAAGAAGUCCAAGAACUCCGCACAGGGCGUGUGUAACCCUCGUAGCAUCCAUGCAGAGGUCGCCAUCAGGCAAGUCAGAGCAGCCUCAGCCAACCUUCCAGCCCACGGGGCACCACAGAGCGGCCCCUCUCGAACCACGUAAACCUGCCACACCAGCAAGGAGAGUGCAGAAACGGUGCAGUUCCACUUUCGGAUCGAAUGAAUUGUAAAUAGCCGCAAGAGGAACGAACACUAGUUUUGACACUGAUCUACAUUUGUAUCCAGAUGUUUGCUUUCCCAACUUGAGUUACACUCCAGGAGAAUUUGUUCCAUAAUUUCACAUUUUAUAUCUUCGAUCAGAGACUGAAAUGAAUGAACUGAUUUAAGUUUCUUAAGGUUGAUGAAGCAUGCCUGAUUUUUUCCCCCUCCAGAUCCAGGACUGAGUAGGAUACUCUGGACCAAAUGGGACUCUUGGGCUCCAGUUAACAUGUGACUAUUGGUAGUGCAAUCAGUUCUGCCCAUAAAAAAAACAGCAACAACCAGGAUGUAAAGCAGCCUUUGGGGAGGCCAUUAACAGCUGGAAGAAUGGCAGGGAGAGGGGCUGCUUAACCCUCUCCCUUUCUUUCAUUUGCCUGCUCAAAAGCGCCUCCCUCCCCAGACUGCUUUUCCACUUGUGUCAGAAAAUAACCAGCAGCAGACGGUGGCGGGAUGGGAGUGGUGAUGCUCACCUGACCUCCCAACAGCUGUGUUGCUGCUGCUUACCCAGAGACAGAAAAGUCGCAGGAACGUCAGUGUGAUGCAGAUAGAGCAGCGGAGCUAAUCCCGUGCUCCUGCUGGCCUGUUUGCACUGAGCCAACCUCCUGGUGCUUCACCCUUCUCCAUCCUGAUGAGCAGCACUGACUCAGUGGUCAAGAGGUCUGGUGAGUGCUACCGCUGCACCACGCUUCCCCCUUCUGGAAACUAUGUUUUCUCCCCUAUAUUUUCGCUCCCCAG